AUGUUUCCAGCAGCACCAACCACUGUGUCCUACUCCACACGUUAAGUGAUAGAUACAUGUCGUUGGGCUAUUUGAUCGUUUUAUUUUAUUGACUAUCUCGCCGUGACUGAAGUCAAUCGCGGGAGUAAACUUAAAGCCGUUGUUAUUUAAAUAUAUAUGUUUUGUUUGUUUGUUUGUUUGUUUGUUUUUUUGGCGUGGCGUUAUCCAAAAGAAAGUGACAGAGCCAGGGCGAAACGAAAGUACGAGACAAGCUAACGUUAGCUAGUCGAUUCGGACGGCUGACGCCGAGAGCCAGGCCCGAACCGAGCAGAGACACGGGGGGAAGAGAAUCAUGGCUAACAUCGCGGUUCAGAGGAUAAAACGAGAAUUCAAGGAGGUUGUCAAAAGUGAAGAGGGGGUAGAUAUCAACUAGAAAUUAAAAUUCCAGAAACAUAUCCUUUCAAUCCACCCAAGGUGCGGUUUAUCACAAAGAUCUGGCAUCCCAAUAUUAGCUCAGUCACAGGCGCAAUAUGUCUGGAUAUUCUGAAAGACCAGUGGGCAGCAGCUAUGACACUGAGGACUGUCCUUCUGUCACUACAAGCUUUAUUGGCAGCUGCAGAACCAGAUGACCCACAGGAUGCUGUGGUAGCCAAUCAGUACAAGCAGAACCCAGAGAUGUUUAAACAGACAGCAAGGCUCUGGUCUCACGUCUACGCCGGUGCUCCCGUAUCCAGUCCAGAGUACACACGCAAAAUAGACAAACUUUGUGCCAUGGGCUUUGAAAAAGAUGCAGUAAUAGUGGCAUUGUCAUCAAAAUCCUGGGAUGUGGAGACGGCGACAGAGCUACUGCUCAGUAACUGAAUCUUUGACAUUUUCCAAUCAUCCCCCUUUUGAUCCUGAGGCCAACCUCACCCAUGACUAGACACCUGUCUUGCCCGGUUUCCCUCUGUCUGAAGAUGUCUUUAUCCUCCAUCGUGCCCCCAUCUGCUUCAUGGUGCACCCUUUCCCUUUAUUGAUCUUUUGCCCAUCCCCUCCCCUUUUCAUCUCUCUCUCAUCUCCUUAGCCUUGUACCAUAUUCUGAUCAGUUGCUCUGUGAGCGCUCAUCACUUUGGGUUUUUUAGUCAUUCAACAUUCCACUCAGUUCAACAAUCAUGUCCCGCCCAUGUAUAUCAGUCUCCAAAUUCUGUGGCUGUGUCCAAGUAGGUUAUCAGUGGCUUAUUGUUGCCUACGCGGUGCAUUUACAUUCACUCGUGAAAACCUUGUAGGGGAAAGUCAAGCCAUGCACAAAGGUUUUCUUGGACAUAGUCUGGAUUUUCUUUAAGUAUAACUGAGGAUUUUGCAUACCAGCCACACCCAUUUUCACCCAGUUGUCCCCUGUUUGGCUGUCUGACCAACCCAUGACUGAAGCAGGUUAUACCCUCUCCUUAUACCCAUCGAUGAUACCCUUUAAUUUGUUCCGUCUCUGUCUUUACCCUUCUUUUUUUUUAAAUUUGGUUCUGGCCUCCUACAGGAAUACAUUUGCAUUCCUGUUUUUAAAAUGAACUACAACAAAAACGAUAAAGCUCACAUCACUGUUCACUGGUAAUGCAACCUAAGACUGGAAGGAAAUAAUUGAAAAAGAGUUUUAAAAAUACUGCAUCAGCUGAACUAAGCCAACAGAGAAAAAAAUGUCAAACUGAGUCAUCUGUAAAUAAAGAUAUUAAAGUCU